AUGACGAUACAGGCUCCAUCACCGCCUAACGAGCACGUCGAUACUUUACAAAGAGCCAUCGAAGGACUAGACAGCGAGCUCGAUCCUUCAUCACCAGACACUAUCCUUGAUGCCGCUAUCCGCAGCGACAACAAGGCUCUGGUUCGCCAAACAAUGCGGUCGAUGAAGGGCACUUCUUUCUUACCUUACAAACGAUUAGCGAUCAUACUUGGGAAGUCCGAAAUGCUGAGGACACUACUUGAAGUGGAUGGUGAUCUCGACGACGAGAGCGUCGUGGAAGCCGCGCUUGAAUGCAAGGACUGCGCGAGUCUCGAUAUACUCCUCGAUUUCGGGUGGCGUAUCAAAAUGAGGCUAGGAAUGGAUUCCUCACCCCUUGAGUAAGUACAGUAUACGUGGCUACCUUUUUUCGUCGCUAAAAGAUACAGCUUUGCCGUAGAUGACCUAAGUCUCACGCAAUUCCUAGUCCGACGAGGCGCCGACGUGAAUGACCGAUCUAGCCUUGACGAGUCUCCGCUUUCACUAGCGAUUGGUCGCGGCAGUAUGGAUGUUGUGCGAUACCUCAUCGACGAGGGAACAGAUCUCACGCAUGGUACAGUAAUCUUCUGCAUUGUGCAGCAGAGCGGGUUAAUCAGUUCGAAGGUGCCGAUCUAGUCGAGGAGUUGGCGAAGAAAGGAGCCCGCGUAAAUGCCUACCGCUUUCAUAACCGGACAGCAUUUCGAUGGAGAGGUCUGCGCAAGCAGCCGACUGCCUUACAUAUCGCAUCGCGAACCGGAAACAUGCCCGUCGCAGAGGCGCUGUUCAGAUACGGCGCCGACCCAUACCUGCCGAUGCUUCAAGCUAGCAAAUUGACAAGGCCAUCUUCGUUCGAUAUUGCACUGGAAGAGAAGAACGCGAUUCUGGUUGACUUGUUUACAGGAAACCUGGCUCCAGCUAGAGUGACAUGCGGGAAAGGAGCCUGA